AUGGCGUCGAAGCCGUCCCCGUCGCCUUCUGCCAGCAGAUCGGGGUCUCUCAAGGACGCUUCGAUGGCCAAGGCAGACGAGUCAGCUCCUGCGAGCAAGGAGAUUGUAUCAGUUAUUGAGUCUCUGAAAAGGCACGUUGUAGAUGAACGGUGUGUUUCUAUAAAGGAAAGGAUGGACAACAAUAGACACAAAUUGGCUAGUGUCACGAGCCAUCUACAGAAGUUGUCCAAGGACAGAAGAAACAGCUGGAUUAACCUCGCUGAUUGUAGUCUCGAUCUACUGAAAAAGAGGCAAGAUGAUGCAAUUGGUAUGCAUAGUGGCAUUGGUACUAGUAGUAGUGAUAAAGACAGUGACAGUGAUCAAGAAGACUCUCAUGCUUCUACGGCUGUUCUUUUGGGAACUAGUAUCCCUCCGGGAAAGAAUUCUGUUCGGCCAAUUAGACUGCCUGAAGUUAAGAAAUUACCUCCUUACACCACCUGGAUAUUUUUGGACAGAAAUCAGAGGAUGACAGAAGAUCAAUCAGUGGUGGGUCGGAGAAGGAUUUAUUAUGCUCAGAAUGAUGGAGAGGCACUUAUUUGUAGUGAUAGUGAGGAAGAAAAUGUUGACGAAGAAGAGGAAAAGAAAUAUUUCCUCGAAUCAGAAGAUUAUAUUAUACGCAUGACCAUCAAAGAAGCUGGAUUCUCAGAUGCUGUCAUAAAUUCCUUGGCAGAAUGUUUCUCUAGAAAGGCAGAUGAAGUGAAGGCAAGAUAUGCAAGUCUAACCAAGGAGGAGAAGACUUCAGUGGAUUCCCUGAAUGUAGACAGCGAAGCUUCGUCGUUGAAUUGUUUUCUUGAGAAGGAUCUUGAAGCUGCUUUGGAUUCUUUUGACAACCUAUUUUGUCGUCGCUGUCUUGUCUUUGAUUGCAGAUUGCAUGGAUGCUCACAGGAUCUUGUAUUUCCAGCUGAGAAACCACCACCAUUGAACCGUCCAGACCUUGACAAUCUACCGUGUGGUGAACACUGCUACAGAUCGGUAUCUAAGCCGGAAAAAAUGGCUACUGACGAUUCCCCUGAGCUUGGUGAUACAAAAGACAACUCUGUCCAGCCAUCAUCUGGUAGUGCUGGGACUCGCACGUCUGUAAGGAAAAAACAUACUCCAUGUGCUCGGAAGAAGGCCAAGCUCUCCCAAAGCGAAAGUGCCUCGUCAAUUGUCAAAAACAUGUCAGAUAGUAGUGACUCAGAGAUUGAACCUCAACAUACUACUUCCACGAGCCACUUGUCACCCUCCAAGACAAAACUUUGUGGAAAGGGUGGAGUUUCUCAAAGGAACAGCAAGCGAGUGGCUGAACGUGUUUUGAGUUGCAGUAAAAAAAGACAGAAGGUGAUAGGCUCUCAUUCAGAUUCUGUGGCUAGUGGAAGUGUUUUAGGAGGUGACGGAAAACUUAGCGGUAGUCCACACAAAGAAAAUGAAGAUGCCAAUUCUUCUUCCCAGAAACAUGCAAAACCAAGGUCAAGGAAAAUAGAGCUUUCUAUUCAGAAUUUGCAAGGUGAAGCUCAUGAUGGUAUAUCAAGUGGGAUGGUCACUGACCCACCUGGAAAUAGCAGUGAUGUUGCCUUGAGAAAAGAUGACUGUGCUGAUGGAAACAGUUGUGAAAUGGCGUUGAAUGAUAACCUGUCUUGGAAAGCUUUCGAGAAAAGUCUUUUCGAGAAAGGCGUGGAAAUCUUUGGCCGGAAUAGCUGUCUAAUUGCUAGGAACCUGUUAAAUGGUUUAAAGACGUGUGUGGAAGUUUUUCAAUUCAUGACACAAGGAGACAAAAGGCUAGCCUAUCAAGCAGGUGAUGCUGCAAAUUCUCUUGGCGAUGGCUAUUCCAAGUAUGAACAUCAAGGCAAUAAUGAAGUUAGGAGAAGAUCAAAGUUUUUGCGCAGAAGAGGUAGAGUUCGCCGCUUGAAGUAUUCUUGGAAAUCUACAGCCUACCAUUCUAUUAGGAAACGGAUAAGUGAGAGAAAAGAUCAACCAUGCCGCCAGUACAAUCCUUGUGGCUGCCAAACAGCUUGUGGAAAGGAGUGCCCAUGCCAUUUGAACGGCACAUGCUGUGAGAAGUAUUGUGGAUGUCCUAAAACUUGCAAAAAUCGCUUCCGAGGCUGUCAUUGUGCCAAGAGUCAAUGUCGAAGCCGUCAAUGCCCUUGCUUUGCUGCGGACAGGGAAUGUGAUCCAGAUGUUUGUCGGAAUUGUUGGGUUAGUUGUGGCGAUGGCUCACUUGGAGUACCUAAUCAAAGGGGAGACAAUUAUGAGUGUAGGAAUAUGAAGCUUCUUCUCAGACAACAGCAAAGGGUUUUACUUGGAAAAUCUGAUGUAUCUGGAUGGGGAGCAUUUUUGAAGAAUAGCGUGGUUAAAAAUGAGUACCUAGGUGAAUACACUGGAGAGCUGAUCUCGCACAGGGAAGCUGACAAGCGUGGCAAGAUUUACGACCGUGAAAACUCCUCGUUCCUCUUCAAUUUGAAUGAUCAGUUUGUCCUUGAUGCUUACCGGAAAGGUGACAAGUUGAAGUUUGCCAACCAUUCUCCUGAUCCAAACUGCUACGCAAAGGUGAUUAUGGUUGCAGGAGAUCACCGAGUGGGCAUAUUUGCCAAAGAAAGAAUAAACUCCGGGGAGGAGCUUUUCUAUGACUACCGUUACGAACCAGACAGAGCUCCUGCUUGGGCAAGGAAGCCCGAGGCAACGGGAUCGAAAAAGGAAGAGCCCUCUCAUCCGAGUGGCCGUGCCAAAAAGCUCGCCUAA